AUGUUCCUCAAUCGCCGUAGUCAACUCUCGCGUUCGUGCCAUGGGAUGCCUUACUGGUGGCAGGAUCGACUCACAGGCAUGCUAGGUAGCCGACAGCAGAUCCUUGCAGCAUUCCGGCAGACGCUGAGGCCUCCAACGGUCUGCACGCCCUUGGGCGCGGCAUCACAGGUCCGAGGAGGCUUCUAUGAAGGCAGCAACAAGGACCACCGUCAAAUCACCAUGCCCGUCCCUCGCAAUGUUCGGCCAAAUGUCGUCGUGAAGGGUAUUCGGAAAGUUAGUGCGAAAUUGGACAUUCUGAAGACUCAGACGAAGAUUCGCAGCUUCGAGGGAAACUCCAUGUAUCGCAUACGGAAACUGAAUGAGCGGGCUUACUUUAGGAAGUGGCAUUAUCUACGGUAUGCUGUAGAAACUCUCAACUUUUACGCCCGGAAGAGAGCCCCUUUGAGCAUCUUACCGAAGGAGGAUCCGUCCAACCUCGAGAUGAGGCUAUUGAAGCCUGUACUGCCACAAGGCGAUCCUUCCAGGAAGAGAGCCAGAUUUUGGUCGAAACCAGACGGAUUUUCCGAGAAGGAGCUUUGGAACAUCGCAGAUGAGGCGGAGUCAGGAUGGCUUUGGAAGAAGUCAAAGGUCGUUGGCAUAUGGCGACUUCGAUGGUGCUGCGUUGUGAUGAGCCAGCGUGCCCUGUUCUCCUUUGAGCAGAGGCCCGAUUGGGUUCAAGAUGCUAAUCUCCAGCAAAGCCCUACUGAGAAGAUUUCCCUCAGCACUGGGGAUCUCAAGGAGCUUCAAGGGUCAUCAUUCAUGGGAUUCACGAUUGGCAACAGAGUUUUCGCCCUACCAGGUACCCCGAGUACUAGGGGAACACUUCUCGAUUGGCUCAUGGCUAUCGCCUUUGUGAAGGGAGAUGAAGAGACGAUUGACAGGCAAGUUGAGGCUGGGCCCAUGAAGAAGCUACCCUUUGCAGAUGCGUCCGCUGACUCCGACGGAGACCUCUCUCAGUUCGACUCCUCCACGUCAACUGAUGCCUCGAUUUUUUCCCAUGAAUUUGCUAUAUACGUACACGGUGCCACCGGUGAUCAAAUCGCUAUGGAGAGCCUCGACUUUGCAGGCUUGUGGCUCAUACCAAUCUCCAGUAACAGGGCGACUAUAGCUGCAAGCUGUGAGCUGUGCCAGAGACUUCGUGGCCGACAAGAUUUGUGUGGGACUACCCGUUGUGGACACAUAUUCCAUGUGGACUGCCUCUAUUCCUGGACGCGGCAGAGUGUAACACAUAACUACUGUCCGUACUGUCGUACAAAAUUCUCUUAUGAGGAGACUGAUGAUGGUACGAGUGACUCUCCUUGCCCGAUGCCUUGUCCCUCGAGGUGA